AAAUUCUCUGUUCUCAUUCCAUUAGGCCGUUAUGGACGUCGACCUUAACUUUGACAUCGAAUCCCUUGUUCAUCUUGAGCAAACCUUCUACGAUGCCGGCUACAAGGACGGCUAUGAUCACGGAAGAAUCCAUGGGCUUAUAGAGGGUCGUGCUCUCGGUCGCGAGAAAGGUUAUGAGAUGUGGGAAGAGCUUGCCUUCUACGAGGGCUUCGCCGUCACAUGGAGAGCCAUCGUUGGCAAACAAGACCACGCCGACGAACGAACAUUGAGUCAUAUAUCGCAUCUGCUCAACCUCAUCUCUCAAUUCCCCCGCGUCAACCCGUCCACAUCCGCGGAGGAUGAGUCGAAUGCAGUAGACAUCCCGAAGCUAUUCCGCCAGAUUCAUUCUCGAUACCGCCUUCUGUGCGCGAGUCUCGGGGUGAAGCCCAGCCUUCGAUCAGUCGACGGAGCGGAUGGUGCAGAUCCCCAAGCAAACUCGACUGAGCCUCAGAAGAAGUCGGUUUGGCCUACAACCGGAAAUGUUGGACUCAGCUUUUGAGGGCCAGGUGGCCAGGUAUUUGUCACUGCGACCAUUUUCGAUGCGUACCCUCGAUGCAAUACGAAGUCAUCCACACUGUUCAUGCCAUCGGGUCCUGGGCAAAUACGACACCGGAGUCGACUUUGGUGCUCUUGUGGAACGAAACGAAACUCCUUUUGAGCGCCCACGCUAGUAUUGUCAUCCGACUACGCGCAUGAAACAUAUCUGGCUUUCAAUUUGAGCCUGGACGCCAAGUCCACAUUGCUCGCAGGCUAGCAUAGCCAAGGUCGUACUACAUUGCUGCAAAGAAUAUCUACCAGUCUUGGUGCGCAGGACGAACUGUGUCCAUUGAGCCUCAGUCGUCGCAGCGAGUUCACACUAAGCAGUCGACGUACGAUCGAGUUCCCAGGUCAUCACAGAACGGUCCUGCUCCACCGAUGCCAAAUACGUCUGUGCCCAUGUUGUCAGCAUCCAGCUCCUUCGUCCGCUGAUUGAUGACGAAUCCACUUACCAUAUACUAAGGCAAUGGAUAUCAGGAUGGAGAGAUCAUCGCCCACGGGAAAGCAGG